UGACCCAUCAUCUCGCCAAAAGCAACCACCAACCGCCUGGCUGCCUGUCCCCUUCGCUCCCAUCUCUCUCCCUUUGGGGACUCGCUCCUGACAGAGACCUGCCAUCAUGGAUCUCUUCCGGCGCGCCUACAAGCGCGUUCCGGGGUCGGGCUCGGCGCUGCCCACCGCUGACGAGAAGCGCCGGUCGACUGCCUCCAAGGCCACCCAGAGCCGCCUCGCUUUCCUCCGCCGGCCGUUGCGACUGCGCGGCAACUCCAACGUCACCGUCCCUCUCGGCGUUGUCGUCCUCUUCCCAUGCCUAAUCGUAAUCAUCAUACUCCUCCUCUUCGUCCGGCACCCAGACUCGCCUGGCCGGAUCUUGAUGCCCGCUGGCGCCCCUCCCGCCAUCCGGAAAAUCAGCGAGAAGCACGACAAAGUGUUCGUGACCGGCUGCCUCGAGCCCGAUACGAGCAAGCCCCGUGCCAAUGCGGCGUUUGUCGUCCUGGCUCGCAACAAGGAGCUCGAUGGUGUGAUCCAGUCUGUCAAGUCGAUCGAGCGCCACUUCAACCGGUGGUACCACUACCCUUACGUCUUCCUCAACGACGGCGAGUUCAACCAGACAUUCAAGGACGUCAUCAGGAACUACACUUCCGCACCGGUCGAGUUUGGCAAGGUCGAGCCCGGCACGUGGGGCUUCCCCGACUGGAUCGAUCCCAAGGUCGCCAAGGAGGGCAUCGCGAAGCAGGGUGACGCUGCCGUCAUGUACGGUGGUCUCGAGUCCUACCACGCAAUGUGCCGCUUCUACUCUGGGUUCUUCUACAAGCACCCUCUCCUCGCCAAGUACGAGUGGUACUGGCGCUUGGAGCCCGAGAUCAAGUACUUCUGCGACAUCACCUACGAUCCCUUCCUCGCCAUGAUUGACAACAACAAGACGUAUGGAUUCACCAUUGCCGUCAAGGAACUUCGGGAGACUGUGCCCAACAUCUUCCGUUAUGCCUCGGCCUACAAGCGUCUCAACAACAUCACCUCGCAGGGUCUCUGGGAGAUGUUUGUCGAGCCUCGUGACAAGCCCGCGAAGCCCGAGGACGACCCCAACUACAUCCCUCCGCUCCCCGAGGAGAUCAUGCGCGACCCUGGUGCCCUGCCCGAGAUUGAUCCCGAGGCCAUGGAGGGCGAGUCAUACAACAUGUGCCACUACUGGUCCAACUUUGAGAUUGCCCGCCUCAGCUGGUUCCGCAGCAAAGAGUACGAGGACUUUUUCGAGAUGAUGGAUCGCAGCGGUGGCUUCUGGAUGGAACGCUGGGGUGAUGCUCCGAUCCACUCUCUCGCUGCCGGUAUCCUCCUUGGUCCCAAGGACAUCCAUUACUUCCGCGACUUUGGCUACCGACACACCACGAUCCAGCACUGCCCCGCCAACGCUCCGUCCCGCCAGCUGCCUCGCGAGCCAUUCUUGGAGAUGACGACACUCAACGAGAAGGAGCGGAUCGAAGAGGAUGAGUACUGGGAGAACUACGAUUCCCCCAAGGAGAACGGUGUCGGCUGCCGCUGUCGCUGCGACACCGAUAUUGUCGAUGUCGAGGGCAAGGAAGGUUCGUGUCUCGCCGAGUGGGUCGACGUCGCUGGCGGCUGGGCCUCGCCUUAAGAAGCAGACAAAUCAGCCUCGCGUGGCAGCCAGCGAAGUUGGUUGAAGCGCAGGGGAGACGCCAGAUCGAGUAGCCGGCAUUCUCGACAAAUUGUUUGGAAUAUAGAUCAUGAAAGUGUAAAGGAAAAGAGCAUCGACAAUGCAUACCGGUCGUCCAGAAGGCAAGUAUGUCUGGGGAUCAGGAGUUUUUGGAGCACA